GUACUUUGCAGUUUCCCAUGCGUGCAAUAUGAUGACGGACUCACACACCCAGCGGAUGUACCCUACCCUGAUCGUUCAGAGCCAAGCCAACUUUUUUCUUCCUCUCCAAACGUUUUGAACACGACGGUGCGUUGUCAGCUCCCAGAAAAAGCGCCUCGCCAACAAACUCGACGGUUUUUCCAACACUGACCCCCCCCCACCCCCCCCCCUUCCCACCGUCAUGUCUUUGUUUAAAUGAGUUCCAAGCUUCCCUAACAUCCUUUCACCCCACCCCUCCAUUCCAUUACCGACACCCCACCCUCCCCUGUGGUGAUCUCUGGUCGCGAUGACCACCCUGCACCACCAGCAUCACGGUAGCACCGGGUCGGAGCGCGACCUCAACUCGGCCGCCUCCUCCGUCAGCCUGCCCUCCAUCAGGAAGACCCCCAAGAAGCGCCGCCUCUCCCUGCAGGCGCUCUUCGGCCGGCGGCGGCGGUCCGAACGCGAUGCCAAGUGCAAGUCCAGGGCGGCGCUGGAUCCGCCCGGCCCCGUCACCGUGGAAAACGUCCUGCCGGAGGCUUUGGUCGAGGGGACGUCUGCGCACGCCGUCCAGGGGGUGGCGGCGGCGACAUCUUCUGCGGCAAAUUCCUCCGAGCUGCUUGAGUGCCCGCUGUGCCUGCUGCGCCACACACGCGACCGCUUCCCGGACAUCAUGACGUGCCACCACCGCUCGUGCGCCGACUGCCUGCGCCAGUACCUGCGCAUCGAGAUCACCGAGUCGCGCGUCAACAUCUGCUGCCCGGAGUGCUCGGAGCGUUUCAACCCGCACGACAUCGCCAUGAUCCUGGCCGACCGCGCCCUCAUGGAGAAGUACGAGGAGUUUAUGCUGCGCAGGUGGCUGGUGGCCGAGCCCGACUGCCGCUGGUGCCCGGCUCCUGACUGCGGUUAUGCCGUCAUCGCAUUCGGCUGCGCCAGCUGCCCGAAGAUCACGUGCGGCCGCGAGGGCUGCGGCACCGAGUUCUGCUACCACUGCAAGCAGCUGUGGCAUCCCAACCAGACGUGCGACACGGCGCGGCAGCAGCGGGCGCAGCACUUCCGCCUGCGCAGUUUUCGGUCCUCGUCGCUCAGCUACAGCCAAGAGAGCGGGGCAGCGGGUGACGACAUCAAACCGUGCCCGCGCUGCGCCGCCUGCAUCAUCAAGAUGAACGACGGCAGCUGCAAUCACAUGACUUGCGCCGUCUGCGGCUGCGAGUUCUGCUGGCUCUGCAUGAAGGAGAUCUCUGACCUGCACUAUCUCAGUCCAUCCGGUUGUACUUUUUGGGGCAAGAAGCCGUGGAGCAGAAAGAAGAAGAUCCUCUGGCAGCUGGGCACCUUGGUGGGUGCGCCCGUGGGCAUCGCCCUCAUCGCGGGCAUCGCCUUCCCCGCGAUGAUCAUCGGCAUCCCAGUUUACGUGGGCAGGAAGAUCCAUAAUCGCUACGAGGGCAAAGACGUCUCCAAGCACAAGAGGAAUUUGGUGAUUGCGGGUGGCGUGACGCUGUCUGUCAUCGUCUCGCCCGCAGUAGCGGCCGUCACCGUUGGUAUCGGCGUUCCCAUCAUGCUGGCUUAUGUCUACGGCGUGGUGCCCAUCUCGCUCUGCCGGAGCGGCGGCUGCGGAGUGUCAGCGGGAAACGGCAAAGGCGUGCGCAUCGAGUUCGACGACGAGAACGACAACUUGGGCGGCGCCGCCGUGGCUACAGACACGACGUCGGUGGCCGAGACCAGGCUGAACAGCGCCAGCCUGGGCGACGGCGCCAGCGUGGGCGGCCUGACGGGCCUGAGCCUCAGCGUGAGCGGCAGCCACAUGGAGCGCUGCGGCGUGGGCUCGGCCCAGCGCGACAACAUGAGCGACAACGCCAGCACCACGGCCCUCGCCGGCGCCAGCAUCACAGGCAGCCUGUCAGGCAGCUGCUACAACAGGAUGGAGGUGCAGGCCGACGUCCAGAAGGAGCGCUGCAGUCUGAGCGGGGAGUCGGCCACCGUCAGCCUCGGCACCAUGAGCGACAACGCCAGCACCAAAGCCAUGGCGGGCUCCAUCCUCAGCGCUUACAUGCCGCUCGAAAGAGACAACAGUCUGGAAGUGCAAGCAGACGUGGAAUCCAAAGAGGAGAAGGUGCGGCACAGCAGCGCCAGCAGCAGCCUGGACGAAGCCAGCUGCAGUAGCAGCAGAUGGGCGAGCGGCGGCCCCCCCAAGGAUGCGUCGGCCAUCGCCUCCUCAGUGGGGGGGAAGAAGAGCAAAGGGAAGCUGUGGAAACGCGGAGGGAAAGCGGAGUCCAAAGUCAAGCACACGCACGGCGACGCCGAGCGCCGCAGCACCAUCUCGUCCGAGUUGGACUCGCCGUCGCUGAGCGGCAGCCUGCCGUCGGUGGCCGACUCGCACUGCAGCCGCCUGUCCGCCGAGCUCAGCGAGUCGGAGACGCCCAGGGCGGGCGGGCCAAGCGACGCGCCGGCCGUCGCGCCGCUGCCCGAGGUGGAGAACGACCGCCUGGAGCAGCCCCCUCCUCAGCGGAGCCACGCCCUCGCCGCCGCCGCCGCCUACCACUGCCUCACCACUUCACCCAGCGAGGUUUUGUAUAUUGCCGAAGACGCCGACACUUGUGACUGCACCACAACAGACAUUUAAAAAAAAAAAAAAAAAAAAAAAAAAAAAAACCACUCGCUCCUCACGAACCAUCUGUCUUAAGUCUCGAUUUUGGAAAACAGGAAACGGAAUGUCAGCGUUGAUGGCGAAGGUGGGAGAGGAGUUAAAAGUGGCUGAGACGAAGGUCAAUUUGAAUGUACGCGUGCAGGUAAUGUGCUCGCUCUUUAAAAGCGUGGGUGGAGAUGGGGGGGGGGGGGGAAUAAAAAUAAAA